AUGGCGGUCGGAAAGAAUAACAACAAAAUGGGCAAAAAGGGCGGCAAAAAGAAGGCCGUAGAUCCAUUUGCCCGAAAGGAGUGGUACGAUAUCAAAGCGCCGUCAAUGUUCUACAACAGACAAGUCGGAAAGACUCUCAUCAACAAGACCCAAGGAACGAAAAUCGCUUCUGAAGGUCUGAAGGGACGUGUAUUCGAGGUGUCAUUGGCAGAUUUAAACGACUCCGAGGCCGACUUCAGAAAGUUUAAGCUUGUGUGCGAAGAUGUGCAGGGAAAGAACGUUCUCACCAACUUCCAUGCCAUGUCCAUGACCCGCGACAAAUUGUGCUCCAUUGUGAAGAAGUGGCACACUCUCAUUGAAGCCAACGGUGUAUUCAAGACAACCGAUGGCUACGUUUUACAUCUGUUCUGCAUUGGAUUCACGAAACGAUCACCCAACCAAGUUAAGAAGACCACUUACACAAAGGCCUCUAAAGUACGCAAGAUCCGCGCCAGAAUGCUGGAGCUGAUGAAGAAGGAGGUGAGAAGUGUUCUCGUUGCAUUCCCCUUUGAAGUAUUGCCCCCUCUAGCCGCGCACACUGCAGGGCUUGAACAGACGCCUACCGUAGUGCAUUGUGUGGUUUCUGGUUGUGACUUGAAGGAGGUGUGCUCAAAGUUGAUCCCCGACUCAAUCGGUAAAGACAUCGAGAAGGCAUGCCACGGUCUGUAUCCAUUGCAAGACGUGUACAUCCGUAAAGUGAAGAUUCUGAAGAAACCCCGACUUGACCUUGGACGCCUCAUGGAAAUGCACGGCGACUCCAUCACGGUCGGUACUGAUGGUGAGAAAGUCGAUCGUCCUGAUGAUUACGAGCCUCCCAUUCAAGAGACCGUCUAA